UUAAUGAAAUUACAAACAAAUAAUGUUUGUGAUAAUCAUUGUUUCAUUAUAAUUUGUCAACAACAUGGUGGUGGCGCUGCCGGUAACAUUGGUGGACAUAUUAUGUUACGUCGAACGAAUGUAUUUUUUCCUUGUUUACCAUUGAAUCCAUUAAAAACAUGGUCUGAAUCAUCCAUUGAAGCGGCAUUAAGUUUAUUAUUACCAUCAAAUAUUUAUAAUGAUCAUGAACGUUUAAUGGAAUUUGUCAAUGAUAUACCAUUUCGUCGUUUUGUUUGUAUGGAUAUAUUUCGUAUACAAUUACCGCAUACACAGAAUUUUAUAACACGUUUAAUUUAUUUGGUUGAAUUGGAUCCAACUAAUAAAAAUAUUGUUUGUGGUUGUUUAUCACAGCCACAAUCAAUUAUUAGUAGUAAUAAUUAUCGUUGGUAUCCAAUUAAUGAUGCAAUAUCAAGAAAAAUAAAAAAAAUCUGGGGACCAGAAGUUAGUUUCUAUACAAAUAUUGCCAUAGAAGCAUUGAAUUCAAAUCAACCAUUUGUCGAUUCAACAGCAACCGAAUAUAGUUUAAGUGAUGCAUUCAAAUAUGUACCACGUGAAUCACCGAUCACCAUGGAAGAACAAAUGCUUGGACAGACAAAUAUUACUGUCAAUGAUAUUGAACGUUUAUAUGCUGAUUUUAUUGAACAUUGUUUUCCUAGUUUUUUCUUUACAAAAUUUUCAUUCGAUAUGUAUAUGAAAAAACAUCAAAUCGAAUCGAAUCCAUCGAUCAUUUCAAGAUAUUAUCUUGCAUUUCGUUUUCGUGAAAAACAAUAUAUGCAAUUUCAUGAAUUAUUACUUGGCCUGGCAGCUAUUGAUCAUCGUUCACCGCAUGAAGAAUUUCGUAUUCGUUUUAUAUUUCGAUUCUAUGAUCAUAACCAGGAUCGUUAUCUAAAUUAUCAAGAAUUUGAACGUCUUAUACAUGAUUUAGAAAUGAUAACAGCAACAGAAAUUAAAUCACCAUCAUCAUCAUUAUCAAUGAAUCAAACACAGAUACGUUUAUUGAUGAAAAAAAUUGGCACCGUUAUUGUAAAUCAAGAAGAAAUGAUUAAUUUUGAUUCAUUUCGUCAUGCAAUACAAAAAUGUUUAUUACUUGGUACAAAUCAAUUAUGUCGAUCAUCAGUAUCACCAUUUGGACAGAUAACAAGAUCAUUGGCAACAAGAAAAUUGUGUACAACUGUAUCGAAUAAAAAUCUUUAUAAUAUUUGUUUGAAUCGUCGUUAUAAAAAUCCAUGUGAAAAUUGUAAACGUAAACAAUAUGAUUUAUCAUCCGAUGUAAUUGUAUUGGAUUAUCGUGGCCAUUUAAAAUCCAUUCAUCGUAUAGUGGAUUAUUCGAAAAAAACAUCAAUGAAAAAAACAUCACCCACCGAGAAAGCAUUUGAUCAAAAUUCAUUAAUGUAUUUUAUAUUGCAAAAAAUACGUGAAUUUAAUAAGGAAAAAAAUCAACCACAUAAUCUACGUAAAGGUGAAAUUGGUUUAUUCAAUAAUUUAAAUCGUAAAGAAACACAAACAUUUUGUGAUGAUUUUCGUAUCAUUUGUUCAGAGGUGGCCAAAAUAUUCGAACGUGAAGAUCGUGUAUUGAAAAUUUGUGAUCCAUGCUAUGUUAUUGGCGAUAUUCAUGGCAAUCUUGAAGAUUUGUUGACAUUGGAACAAUGUUUGUGGAAAAGUUUUCCAUUAUUAACAUCAAAUUAUCUAUUUCUUGGUGAUUAUGUUGAUCGUGGACGUUGGGGUUUUGAAUGUUUUUAUUAUUUAUUGAUUGCCAAAUACUUGUGUCCGAAGAAAAUAUUUCUUAUUCGUGGUAAUCAUGAAAUUGAAUGUAUACAAAUGAAAUAUUCAUUUCAUAAAGAAUUGUUAAGAAAAUAUGGUCAACAUAUGGGACAACAAUUUUUUGAAUUAAUCAAUGAAGUUUUUAAUCGUUUACCAUUUGCAGCUAUUAUAAAUGAUUCAAUUUAUUGUGCACAUGGUGGCCUACCAUAUACUGAACAGAAUUUAGCCGUUUUAAAUCGUGAAAUGCCUAAAGUUAUUCGUGAUCCAGAAAAUGAAGCCAUACCUGUUUGGGAAUUAGUAUGGAGUGAUCCAUUAGAAUUUGCAAAAUUUGGUGAACAAGCUGAAUUACUUGGUCUACCACCGGCUUAUAUGAAUGGGUUUUUUCUGCCCAAUAUUAAACGUGGUACAUCAUUCUUUUUCAAUGAAUAUGCUGUUAUUGCAUUUUUCAAGGAAAACAAUCUUAAUUAUAUGAUUCGUGCACAUGAAGUACCGGCACCUGGUUAUAAAUUUAAUUUCGGUACACUUUGUACAACAAUAUUUUCAUGUUCACAUUAUUGUGGUAAUAAUAAUGAAUGUGCCGUUGUUUUUAUUGAUCGUGAUUCACGUAUACGUAUUGUUCGUAUUGAUACAUCAAUGAAUCAAUCAGCUACUUAGUGUGUGAUGAAUUGAUAAUUGUGAUAAUAAAUUUUUUGAAAUUUAAUUUUAAAAAAAAUAAUUGAAUCGACUAUCGAUAUAUCGAUAAUAAAAACAAUCGAUUUGUGGUGAGUCACGAUUCACGUGUAUACGCAGAAUAAAAUUUUCAAAAUA